AGGAAAAGACCAAAAGCAACAACCGUCAACGGGAAACUCUCAUCCCGUGAUAUUCAAAAAGCAGCCCACUUGGUGGUCAACUGUAGAGCCUGGUGGUCAAUCCUUGAGGUCAUGUAUCUUCUUCCUCUCUCCUUCCUUUUUCCUUCAAAAAGCCUUACAGAGAGCCAAGCUGAGAAACGAAUGGAGUCUCCAAGAUUACUUUUCUUCCUUUAUCCCAUUCUCAUACUUCACCUUCUUGCUGUCACCAAUGCUCAGCCAAGGUUUCUCUUCUAUCGGUGUUCAAACGGUGUUGGUAAUUAUACCAAUAACAGCACCUACAAGGCAAACCUCAACACUCUCCUCACCUCCCUCUCUUCAAACAACGAAAUAGAUUAUGGCUUUUACAAUUUCUCCGCAGGCCAAAACUCGGACAAAGUCAACGCAAUCGCGCUUUGCAGAGGAGACGUAAUGCCAACCGCAUGCCGGAGUUGUAUCAAUGACUCUAGGAUUCAACUCACUCGGCUCUGUCCCAACCAGAAGGAGGCAAUAGGAUGGUACGAUAAUUGUAUGCUGCGAUAUUCCAAUGACUCCAUAUUUGGAAAAGCCCAAACUUCGCCCACCUUUACAAUGUGGAACCUUCAAAACGUCUCCAAUGUGGAAGAUUUCAAUCAGGUUCUGGGAAACCUGAUGGCCAGCCUCCGAAGCAAAGCUGCGUCUGGUGAUUGGCGUCGCAAGUUCACAACUGGAGAAGCAAAUGUUACGAGUUUCCAAAGCAUAUAUGGGCUUAUGCAGUGCACUCCUGAUUUGUCCGAGUUGUCUUGCAGUAAUUGCUUAGAGGGCGCUAUCAAUGAAAUUCCAACAUGUUGUAAUAGGCGCAAAGCAGGGAGAGUUGUUAAACCCAGCUGUAAUUUGAGAUACGCAACAUACCAUUUCUAUGAUAUUACAGCAGCUAACGCGCCGCCACCUUCUCCUCCCUCAGCUGAUCUCUCUCCACCGCCUUUAGCUAAUACCACCUCUACACAAGAAACAAGGAGUAACUCAUCCCGAACCAUCAUCCUCAUAAUCGUCCCAUCCGUAAUUAUUUUAAUCAUAAUCCUUGUUGGCUUCAUCUGUUUCUUUUCCAGAAAAAGGAGCUCAAUGGAGAAGCUUGAGACUCAUGAUGAGGAUGAAAUUACAAAUGUUGAAUCCUUGCACUUCGACUUUGACACAAUUAGAGUUGCUACAAAUAACUUCUCUGAUUCUAAUAAGCUAGGACAAGGUGGAUUUGGCCCUGUUUAUAAGGGUAAGCUUUCUAAUGGACAAAACGUUGCUGUGAAGAGAUUGUCUAGUGGUUCAGCACAAGGAGAAUUGGAAUUCAAGAACGAGGUGGUAUUAGUGGCCAAGCUUCAACACAGGAAUUUGGUUAGGCUCCUGGGUUUUUGUUUGGAUGGAGCCGAAAGACUUCUUAUCUAUGAGUUUGUGCCUAAUACAAGUCUCGAUCACUUCAUCUUUGAUCUAAUUAGAUGUGCACAAUUGGAUUGGGAAAGGCGUUACAAAAUCAUAGGAGGCAUUGCUCGAGGGCUUCUAUACCUUCAUGAAGAUUCUCGACUUCGCAUUAUUCAUCGUGAUCUUAAAGCUAGCAACAUUCUCUUAGAUGCAGAAAUGAACCCUAAAAUUUCUGAUUUUGGUAUGGCGAGGUUAUUCUUAGUAGAUCAAACUCAAGGCAGCACUAGUAGAAUUGUGGGAACCUAUGGAUAUAUGGCUCCUGAAUAUGCCAUGCAUGGACACUUCUCUGUUAAGACAGAUGUUUAUAGCUUUGGCGUGUUAGUUUUGGAACUUGUGAGUGGUCAAAGGAAUAACUGUUUUCGUGUCAGUGAAAACAUUGAACAUCUCCUAAGCUAUGCUUGGAAAAAUUGGAGGGAAGGGACAACCACCAACUUGAUAGAUCCGACAAUGAGGAUCAGUUCAAUAAGUGAAAUAAUGAGAUGCAUCCACAUUGGGCUCUUGUGCGUUCAAGAAAACGAAGCUGACAGACCGACCAUGGCUUCUAUUGCUCUCAUGCUUAACAGUUACUCUCUAAGUCUCCCAGUACCUUCACACCCUGCAUUUUUUAUGAAUACUAGCAUGAAUCGGGACAUGUCUUUAGAAUUGGAGGAUAAUUCAAGGGUGGCCCAGUCGAAUUAUUUGCCGAGUAGAUCAUCCCAUUUUUCAGUGAAUGAGGCUUCAAUCACUGAUCCAUAUCCUCGAAAACCAUCACAAGAAGCCAUGGAGAUGAGAAUGGAUUUUCCCAGACUGGUUUUCUUCGCUUAUACCAUUCUCAUACCACACCUUGUUGCUGUAACAGUAGCCCAGCCUGACCUGGUCUACCACAAUUGUUCAGAAAAUGUUGGUACUUACAGCAAUAACAGCACCUACCAGUCAAACCUCAACACCCUUCUCUCUACACUGUUCUCAUACAAAGAAAUCAACUAUGGCUUUUACAAUUUCUCCGUCGGCCAAAGCCCCAACGAGGUUAACGCAAUUGCCCUCUGCAGAGGAGACAUCACACAAGAUAAGUGCCACAGUUGCCUCAACGACUCCAGGCUUCAGCUCCCGCAGCGCUGUCCCUACCAGAAUGAAGCAAUAGGAGGGUAUGAUGAAUGCAUGUUACGAUACUCCAAUCGGUCCAUAUUCAGGACUCUGGAAAUUUUGCCUAGUUUUUAUGUUCCGAACCCGAACAACGUCUCCAAUGAAGAUGUGUUCAAUCAGGCGCUGAAGACCUUGUUGGACAGCCUCCGAAGCAAAGCUGCUUCGGGCAAUUCGCUGCUCAAAUUUGCGACAGGAGAAGCGACUGGCACUGGUGAUAAAAGGAUAUACGGGUUUAUGCAGUGCACUCCUGAUCUAAAUGAGUCGUCUUGCAGCAUUUGUUUAGAAGGGGCUAUUAAUGAUGUUCCAGCAUGUUGCGGUAACAAGGAAGGAGGACGAAUUUUUAAGCCCAGUUGCAGCCUCAGGUUUGAAACAUUCCGUUUCUAUGAUUUUACAGCGGCUAACACGCCUCCACCUGCAACAUGGCCACCUUCCUCACCUUCUCCUUCGGAUAACCUUACCCCACCCUCCCCAGCCAUUGUUACACCUACCAAAGGAAAGAAGAGUAACACAUCCCGGACCCUCAUCCUCAUAGUCGUUCCCACGGUUAUUAUUUCAGUGUUAUUGAUCAGCUUCAUCUGCUUCUUUUUAAAAAAGAGGAGGCCAAGGGGGCAGUUUCUAAGUUUUGAGGGUGAAACUAGAACCCUGGAAUCCUUGCAAUUUCAGUUCAGCACCAUUAGAGUUGCAACAGACAACUUCUCUGAUGCUAAUAAGCUUGGAGAAGGUGGAUUCGGCUCUGUUUACAAGGGUAGGCUUUCCGAUGGGCAAGAAAUAGCUGUUAAGAGGCUGUCUGCUGGUUCUAAACAAGGAGAACUAGAAUUCAAAAAUGAGGUGCUGUUAAUGGCGAAGCUUCAACAUAGAAAUUUGGUUAGGCUACUGGGUUUUUGCUUGGAAAGAUCCGAAAGACUUCUCAUCUAUGAGUUUAUGCCUAACUUAAGCCUCCAUGGCUUCAUAUUUGAUCCAAUUAAGCAGACACAAUUGAAUUGGGAAAAGCGUUACAAAAUCAUAGGAGGCAUCGCUCGAGGGCUUCUUUAUCUUCAUGAAGAUUCUCGACUUCGAAUUAUUCACCGUGAUCUCAAAGCAAGCAACAUUCUAUUAGAUGCAGAGAUGAACCCUAAAAUUUCUGAUUUUGGGAUAGCUAGAUUAUUUGCAGUUGAUCAAACUCAAGAGAAUACAAGUAGAAUUAUGGGAACCUAUGGAUAUAUGGCCCCAGAAUAUGUAUUGCAUGGGAAAUUCUCAGUUAAGUCGGACGUAUAUAGCUUGGGUGUGUUGAUUCUGGAGAUUAUAAGCGGUCAAAAGAAUAAUUGUUUCCAUGUUGGCGAGAACACUGAGUAUCUUCUGACCCACGCCUGGAUUUCUUGGAGGGAAGGAACAGCAAGCAGUAUGAUAGAUCCAACAUUAAGGGAUGGCUCAACAAGCGAAAUAAUGAGAUGUAUCCACAUUGGGUUGCUAUGUGUUCAAGAAAAUGUGGCUGAUCGACCAACAAUGGCUUCAGUAAUGCUCAUGCUAAAUAGCUACUCUCUCAAUCUCCCAAUACCUUCACACCCUGCAUUUUUUUUACGUAGUAACAUUGACCAAAACAUUUCUUCGGGGCUGGAGCAUAAUUCAAGGUCGACUGAUUCUGAUCUUUCCCGAAGUAGUAGUCCUAUUAAUUCUCAAUACAUACGACUUGAAUAACAGAUGGAUGAUGUUGCAUUUUUGAGUUAUAAUCUAAAGACAUGCAUGUUCAUGUUAUAAUUUGUUCUCAGAAAUGAUAGCAUCAAAAUAGAAUUAAAAUUUUA